CUUGAGCACUGCCGCUGUCUACCACAUGUCCAAAACGAUCAGUGGUUUCGAGCACAUGUUUUUUUUACAUGGUCCAUAGUGCGUGUGUAAUCAGUACAAAUUACUAUGCAGAAGUGUAGACAAAGAUUGACGAUCGCAUCGGCUGCAGUAGUAAUUAAAAGUAAAAAAUAUUUUAUAUUAUAUGUAUUUGAGUGUGGUGUGAGACAUGGAUCAUCUCAACCAAGAAAAUGUAUUAAAAUUGAAGAGCUUACGAGAAAAGGUCAAUUGGAAAAUCGAAAGAAGUCGAGAUAACCUUCUCGAAAAACUCGUUUCCUUAAUCAAAGAUUGGAAAGGGCAACUUCCAAACCUCCAAGAUAUUUUCUGUCCCGAAGAAAUUGAUCAGCUUCUCUCGGAUUGUGUAACUCGCAAAUUCAGAGGCCGGUAUUUAAUUGCACCAAAACGAAAACAAUUUAUGGAGUUUGUAAUCAGGACUGGUUACAAAGACAAGCCGGAUGACGAUCAAGACCACAAGCCAUCGUCGCGUCGCUCCACACCAGUGCAUAUCGCGUUUAAAUGCUUUCACGACUCAUUGAUCGUGCAAGAUUUAUUUAAAAUAUACAAUCGAUUCGACGUAAAUUACACCGACGAGUCUGGCCUCACACAUUUUCACGUGGCCUGUGCGUAUGGUCUUGACGAAAUCGUCGAAAAAUUCCUCGAGCUCGGGCAGGAUCCCAAUUGCGUCAAUCAAGAAACAGGUGAUACACCACUUUUAGCUGCUUUGGACAAUGACAAUAAAGAAGUGGCACGAUUACUGCUAAGAAGUGGCGCAGAUCCGAACUUGGCAAACAAGAAUGGAAUUACACCUCUUCACUUCAUUUGCCAAGAAGAAAGUCACAUUGAUAGUGACUUAACGAAAAUGUUAUUCGAACUGAGCGACGACAAAUAUCAGCCAGUGCAGAUCAACGCCCAAAACAAGUUGGGUGACACACCACUGCACUGCAUUACAAAACUGCCCUUUGCUCUGCCCGACUGUAAAGAAAAGAUAUUCGAAUUCCUGCUUCGAUUAGGCGCUGAUCCGAACUUGGCAAAUUCACAAGGAUCUACUCCUCUGCAUCUUAUUUGCCAGAGAAAAUAUCGUGGCGAUGACUUAGCAGAGCUAUUCUUCGAGAUCAACGACGACAUCGAUCAGACGAUACAGGUCGACGCUCAGGACAAGUUUGGCAACACACCUCUAUACGUGGCUCUGUACCACAGCAACAACAAGGUUGCCGAAAUUCUGUUGAAAAGAGGCGCCGAUUCAAAUUUAGCCAAUGCAGACGGAUGGACUCCUCUGCACGUUAUGAGCGAGAGAAACCGCAGUAUUGGCUUGACAAAAAUCUUAUUCAAGCUCAGCAAAGCCAAAAAUUGGCCCGUGCAGGUCAACGCCCGGGAAAAGUCUGGUAACACACCCUUACACAGUGCUCUAAGCUAUAACAACCAUAAGGUAGCUACAUUGCUUCUAAAAAAUGGCGCCGAUCCGAAUUUGGCAAACGAGGACGGAGAGACGCCUCUGCAUAUUAUUUGCAUGAGAAGCUGCGACGAUGACUUGCUGGAGAUAUUCUUCAAAAUCUGCAAUGACACCAAGCAGACGGUGCAAGUCAACGCCCAGGACAAGUUGGGUCGAACAUCGUUACACUAUGCUUUGUACUACGGACACAAGAAGAUGACCGAAUCGCUGCUAAGAAGAGGUUCCGAUCCGAAUGUGGCUAACGAGAAGGGAUCGACUCCUUUGCACGUUAUAAGCAAGGCAAAACACGAUAAUUAUGAAUUGAUGAAGCUAUUCUUCAAGAUCAACGACGAGAGGAAACAAAAGUUGCAGGUCGAUGCCCGAGACAAGAAAGGCCGGUCAGCCCUUCAAUGGGCCGUGGCGAAUGUUUUGCCGGGUGUGGUUGACGUACUCUUGGAUCACGGGGCUGAUCUUCCCAGUUUUGUUUUUCCCCGUUCUAGCAAUUUCAAAAAGUGUUUUAAAUCGCAUGGCAUCGAAGACAUUCAGUUUAAAUUGAGAUCAACGUCUGGCGCUGUGCCCGUCGUCGAAUGCCUUGAGAAAAGAGGAUACAUAGUGGAACUAAGCGACGCCAUAACGAUAAUGAAACUGUUCAUAAAUCAAGGAUUAUUCGCAAAGUCGGUGGAUGUUGGAAACAAUCGUUAUGACGAAGAGGAGUUCGUGAACAAAGCAAAAGAAAUAAUGAUAAAUUCGAGCUUGUCGCUGUACAAUCUGAUUCGCUUACGACCCGAAGAGGCGGUGAAACUACUCACUUAUACAGACUGCUUAGAGUUUUCAAGCUCCAAAGGGUUGUUGGAACUGCCUGAAGGACCAAAAGAGGCAUGUACUGCGCAUCUGUGCGAGAUAAUGUCAAGAGGAUUUUUCCGGCGUUGGGCGCUGGAAUCUUUUUGGAAACUCAUAUGGUACCGGCUACCAAUUGAGUGCUGUGAGAUGAUCAUCGAGCCGCUAAUGAACGAAGAUUUAUGUAACAUUUGCUUGGCAAAUAAAAACCAAAAUCUUGAGAACAGUAAAAAUAAUGUGAUGAAGAAUGUAAAAAAAUGUAAUAAUCAAAGUCAAAAGAUCUGCAAGGGCUAAAAAGAGCUCCAAAAAGCUAUAUGAUUAAAAAUAGUGAAAAUACUUAAGGGUCUUUUUUUCGGUUAUGAAAUAAAUAAAUGGAACGAUCAAUAAGAUGAUUUGUGGCGUAGUCCUUAAUGGCUGCAGGACCUAAGCUCCUGAUAUCUAUAAGCAUAUUCGCAUUACUUUUUAUAUCUGGCGUUUAACGCUAUAUAUUUUCAAUACCAUUAAAAUAAAUAUAUUAAAAAAAAUUGAA